AAGAAGUUGGUGAGAUUAAGAUACUAUUGAACUUCUUAUCGCCAAUGACACCUAAGAGUGAGAAAUCUAGAGAGAGAAUGGGUGUUGAGGAAACAGAGAGAGGUAGCUUCUUGUACAAAGAUGUAUUACCAUUUGCAGCAAUGGUGCUGGUGGAAUUGAUGGUUGUUAGUGGUAACACACUCUAUAAAUCAGCAUCUGCUAAUGGAAUCAACUCUUAUGUCUUCACUUUCUAUGUCUUCUUCAUCGGCUUCAUCUUCAUCUUACCUCUCCCUUUCAUCCUCCAUAGAAGAACAAGCGUUCCAGUUCCACCCAUCAAUUUCUCGAUUGCUGGGAAAAUAUUCAUGCUUAGUGUCCUCAUGUAUUUGUCUCAAAUUUUCGGAUAUAUCGGUCUGAAGUACAGUUCUCCAACUCUAUCCUCGAUCAUGAGCAACCUUUCACCUGCGUUUACAUUCAUUCUCGCCUUCUUCUUCAGGAUGGAAUCGAUAGAUUUCCGAAGCAAUACAAGUCAAGCGAAAAUCAUAGGAACAAUAGUGUCAAUAUCAGGAGCAAUUAUAGCGACAGUUUACAGUGGUCCUUCAGUUUUAUCAAACCCGAUUAGCAUAAACUGGAUUGUCGGAGGAAUUUUACUCGCAAGUCAAUAUUUUUUACUUGCCUUCGCUCUGGUUGCCCAGGCGAAGAUAAUGAAAGAGUAUCCGGUGGACGUGAUGGUGGUGUUCGUAUUCGGGAUAAGUGGAUUGUUUGUAGCAGGGGUUGCGGGAUUAGUGAUGGCACAAGAUUUAGAUGCUUGGAAACUAAAACCUAAUCUUCUUUUGGUCACUAUACUAUAUAUGGGGUUUUCUUCUGGAUUCUUGAAUGUUGUGAUACAAAUCUGGACGCUGCGGUUGAAAGGCCCUGUGUACGUGGCGAUGUUCAAGCCGUUAACGAUUGUGAUAGCGAUUGUUAUGGGCGUCUUGUUUCUCGGUGAUUUGCUACAUCUCGGAAGUGUUAUGGGGGGCAUUAUAAUAACAGUAGGGUUUUAUGGAGUGGUAUGGGGAAAAGCCAAAGAGGAAUCUCCAUCGUCCAUUCAAAUCACCGCUCCUUUGCUCCAACCACAUCACAAUCUUGAACAGGGUCCAUGCAUUCAUUAACUUCUUAUUAAAAAAAAAAAAUCAAGAUUGCAGUGUAUAUAUAUUGUAAAAAAAAUCAACAUUGUUAAAAAUCUUAUUUAAUAUUUCUUUUUGUCACACAAACUCCACCAAAUACCACCCACAACCACCAUUUCAGCCACCACCAAACACCUUUAUUAGCCACAAUUAUAUCACCAUAUACAUCUCACAUGUUCACUCGAAACCAACACCAUCAACCACCGGAUCAACUUCUCUUUGCACCACCCAUACCCAGGGUUACAAACUCAAUCCCUGCUACCUAACUGAAAAUACUAAAUUACACUCACAAUAAUGGGCGAAAACUAACGGUGUUAGUAAAAAGAACCAUUCACGCAAGUUUUAGAAACCACAUAAACCAUGUUUGUCAAAAAAAAUUUUUACCAAUUACUGAAUUUGUGACCAUUAAUACAUGUGAUUUGGUUCGAUCCGCAUGUUUUGUAUUGUCCUUAUGUUUUAUUUUUUAUUCGGACCGUCCUUAAUGAGUUUUAAACUCAUAUGAUUCAUUAUUAUCAAAC